CAAAUGGAACCUGUUUGGAUGUGAACAAGGAGUGUGUUGAAGAUGAAGUAUGUAACCAACAGUUGUCCCUGUACCUUAAGGUUUGCUCAGUAAAUAAGAAAUGCAACAUGGAAGAAUGUGAAGCAGCCAUAAGGUUCUUCUAUCGAAACAUGCCUCUUGAAGUUGCCGAAAUGAUGAUAUUUUGUGAUUGUAUCCAGCCUGAUGAAUCCUGCCACAGAGCCAAAGAACUUCUCCAUGGCAAGCCCUGUGCAGUUACUGCAGUUCCACCCCCAUCAUGUCUGAAGGUAAUCCACAUGUGUGAAGAGAAUGAACUGUGCAGGAGAAAAUACACAACUUUUCGGUCAAAGUGUUGGAGACACGUGACAAAAAAAUGCUACAAUGAUGAAGCUUGUCUUGAAACUUUAAUCAAGGAUGACAUGCCCUGUUCCGCAAAUUCUGACUGCAAAGCAGCCUACAUUAGCAGCUGGGGCACGAUGCUGCGUGCAGAGUGUACCUGCCAGAAUUUGCCUUCCGUGGAGCAGUCUUUGUGCCAGCUCUUCCAUCACAUGCUUCACAGCAAAUCCUGCUUCCGUGAGUUACGUCAAAUUUCCAUUAAGAAGAAAGGUUUUAAUUGGGCAAACACAGAAAUGCCAGGAAACAAGCUUUCCAGAGCACACCUCCAUUCUUCUUCAAUUAACGGUGAAAAAGUCUACAUUAUUGCCUAUUCCUCCUGCAUAGUUCUCAUCCUAGGAAUAGUCCUGUUGAUUCUCCUCAAGAUCAGGCCAUACCCGAAGUGCCUAAUUCUCCCCGUGCACUGUACUGGGAGUCAUGGUCCCUAACACACCACUCUGGAUCCCACUUUCUGGCUAUGAGUUCUGGAUUUCUCCCUGUAGCCGAGUUGUUUUGCUAGAUUUAAGCUUCUAUUUACCAGCAAUCAGUUGUCUUUGUUAUCUUUGUAACGAUCUGGUUCUGG